AUGAGCGACUCCGAAGGGCCCAAGUCCAAGGAAAUACCCUCAUGGCAACGUCAAGAACCCUCGAGUUUGCCAAAACAGCCUGACGACUCUCCAUCACAAGAGCCCGCUGAGCGACAGCCUCCAGAAUCCAGAGCUCCUCUGAUCGAGAAAGCUUCCAAAUUCCUCGAAGAUGACUCUAUACGCGAUGCCCCAAUUGAACGAAAGAGGCUGUUUCUGGAGUCCAAAGGUCUGACUGAGACCGAAAUCGACGACCUACUCGAAAUCCAACAUACCCCCGAAGCAGCCGUCAUGGAGGACUAUGGGAUAGAGCGAGAAGGAAUCUCACAAUCUACACCUCCCACUGCCCCUCAAACCCCCUCAACAUCGUCAGUUCCCCAAGAACGACCACCAGCCGCACCAUCAAAGGACAACCCCCCCAUAAUAACGUAUCCUGAGUUCCUCCUCCACGCCCAAAAGCCCGCCCCACUCAUUACGGCCAACCGUCUCCUCACAUCUCUAUACAUCGCGUCUGGCGCCGGGGCUACGAUCUACGGAACGAGCAAAUACAUUGUGGAACCCAUGGUUGAAAGCUUGACAUCGGCGAGGCAUUCGCUGUUUGAAGGUGCAGGAGCAAAUAUUGAUGCUUUGAAUGAGAAGCUCAAGAGCGCCGUGUCAAAAGUGCCAGAAAUACCACACCAUUCCAAGGAGGAUGAUUCAGAUAAAGACUCUCUAAGCUCGGACGGGGCACGCUUCUUCAACCGCUCCGCAGGCACACAGACAUCACCGCAUCUUUCUCGGUCGAAUUCCUCUACCUCCUCUGACCCCGAUGAAACGCUUUCGCCUGCCCAAGACCACACGAGCGCACUCUUGGGGAUUCAUAGCAAGCUAUCUGAUCUCCUCCCCGCAGAUGGUAAGCCGACGAACCCGCUCGGCGACAGCAUAAGCGAGCUACGAUCAUAUUUGGAGAAGCUGCCACAAGCGAAUUCCCUACAUCUAGGCGGGAAGGCCAGGAAAAUCGGGGAGAUUGAUGCGGUGGCGAAUGUGAAGGCUGAGAUCAGAGGCGUGAAGGGCGUGCUGUUGAGUGCAAGGAAUUUUCCCAGUGGAGUGGCUGCUCGAUGA